AUUUAAAUUUUGAGUAGAAAAACAAAUACAAAAAUUAUAAAUAUGUUUCCGCGACAAUCAUUGAAGUUAUUCAAGAAUAAAAAUGUGAACAUGCAAGUGUUGGAUUUUACGACGAAUACUAUAAUAUCAAAUUUACCUACACAAGCUCAAGUUGUUAUUGCAGGUGCAGGUGUAGUAGCAAAUUCUGUGGCCUAUCAUCUCAUUGAAAAUGGUUGGAAUGAUGUCGUGCUGGUUGAACAAGGCAAAAUAGGCAGUGGAACUUCAAAUUUCGGAUCGGGUACAUUAGGUUUAUUCAAGCCUAUAGAACAUAGGAACCUCAUUUGGUACAGCAUUAAACUGUAUCAAAAAUUACAAGACGAGGGUUACGAUUUGCAAAUGAAACAAUGUGGCAGCAUAAAUUUAGCACAGACUAAAGACAGACUGAUAGCUCUCAAAAGAAGAAUGGCGUAUAAUAUUCCUACAGGUCUUCACUGCGAAUUAAUAACUAGAGAUACAUUGGAAACUUUGCAUCCGUUUAUAAGAACCGAUGACAUUGAAGGAGCCGUAUGGGUUCCCGAUGAUGCUGUUAUUGAUCCUAAAUCGAUUUGCGAUACACUUGCCUUAUUAGCCCAACAAGGGGGCGCUAAAUAUGUAGAAAAUACUACAGUACAAAGAGUUCUAACAAAAAACAAUACUGUUUACGCAGUAGAAACAGACCAGGGCAAUAUUUUCUGUGAUUAUUUCGUAAAUUGCACUGGAAUGUGGGCACGAGAAUUAGGCACUCAAUGCAGUCCUCCUGUUAGUAUACCGGCUUAUCCUGCUCAACAUUUUUACGCAACUACUGGACCUCUAGCAGAAAGUAUCGGAGAAGACAUACCAAUUAUUAGAGAUUUUGACGCUCACACAUAUGCCAGGAGUUACGAAAAUGGUUUAAUGGUCGGAUGGUUCGAAUUGGAAGCCAAGCCAGCUUUCGAACAAAGCAAAGUUCCCAAAGAUUGGACUAGUCAUCUGACAACAGAUUUCAAUCACUUCCGUCCUUUAUGGGAAAAAGCUGUACAUCGUAUACCCAUGUUAAAAGACUAUAGUAACCCAGAAUUAACAAACUCUCCUGAUAAUUUCACACCUGAUGGUCGUUGGAUAUUAGGAGAAACGCCGGAAGUAAAAAACUACUUUGUCGCUUGUGGUAUGAAUGGGAAUUCCCUACAGGGUGCCGGUGGGAUAGGCAAAGCUGUUGCCGAUUGGAUAAUCGACGGUAAACCGAAACAAGAUAUACUUCCUUUCAACGUUCAGAGAUUCUUGAACGUUCAUAACAGCAAGCUAUAUCUCCAGCAGAGAGUUAAGGAAGUCGUCGGAAGGCAUUACUCCAUUUUGUAUCCGAACCAAUGCGAGUACAAGUACGCGAGAAAAUUGAGAUGUUCCCCUCUGUACAGCGUGCUGGAAACUAAAGGUGCCGUGUUCGGGAUAAAAAUGGCAUACGAGCGCGCUUUGUACUUCGAUACCACUUAUAAAAAAGGCGGAGUGAAACCUCAGAUGCCUCCGGGGACGUUUUUCAAACCGAAAUUCUUCGAUUUCAUGAAAGAGGAAUAUUACGCUUGCAAAGAAGGCGUAGGAGUAAUAGACAUGUCUUCCUUUUCGAAAAUCGAAUUAAAGUCUGGAGGAUUAGAAAUAGUCAGGUACCUGCAGAAACUGUGUUCCAACGAUAUAGACAUCCCAGUCGGUUCAAUAAUUCACACCGGCAUGCAGAACGAACGAGGAGGCUACGAAAACGAUUGCAUGCUUGUCAGACAGCAGGAUAACUGGUAUAUAUCGUAUUCUCUAACUACCAUCUCAACUCACCCGAUUGCUUGCAGUUACUUCAUGAUCUCCCCGACGAGCCAACAAACGAGGGCCUUCGAUUGGGUCUCCAGGAACCUACCAGCUACCUCUACCAUAGACGUUAACGAUCUCACUUCUAUGUACACCGUCAUCAACGUCGUGGGCCCCAAGGCGGUGGCGCUUCUGAGCGAACUCUCCAACAACGACAUGAAAUUCGCCCCGUUUAUGUACAAAAAAGUCAACGUAGGAUACGCCUCGGAUGUGAUGCUCAUGUCGUUCACUCACACCGGAGAGCCCGGAUUUUGCCUGUACAUACCAUCGGAGUACGCCCUGCACGUUUACUACAAACUAAUGGCUGUUGGUAGAGAUUACGGUAUAAGGGACGUGGGUACUUUUACUCAGCGUUUCAUGAGAAUCGAGAGGUUCAUACCGUUUUGGGCGGAGGAGUUGACGAGCUUCACGACGCCUUUCGAGGCCGGAUUGGGGUUCACGGUGCGGCUGGACAAGAAGGUCGAUUUCAACGGCAAGAAGGCCCUGCAGAAGCAGAAGGAAGAAGGGGUCGCCAAGCAAUUGGUGUUUUUCUACGUGGAGGAUCUGGAUCCUGAUGUAGACGUGUGGGCGUGGGGCGGGGAGCCCAUUUACAGGAACGGCGAGUACGUGGGGCACGUCACGACGGCUGGGUACGGGUUUGGGGCUAACAAAUCGAUUUGCAUCGGGUUUAUAAGGAGGCCGAAGGGUGCCGAUACGCAAAUCGUUACGGCGGAUUAUUUAUUAGCGAAAGAUGCGAAAUACCAAAUAGAUAUAGCCGGACAUAGAUUCACGGCGUCACCGCAUCUUCACGCCCCGAAAGUAGGAGUUAAAGUUACUAAAAGUGAGAAGUAUAAACCGACUCCUAUAAAAUUCAGUUUGUAGAUUCAUUUCCUAAAUACUUGUGAUAUUUCUUUAGUGAUUUCAAUAAAUUAAUUGAAUAUAA